CGGGGCUGGCUCGGGAGUAGCGCAGUCGCCAAAGCCGCCGCUGCCAAAGCUGCCGCCACUAGCCGGGCAUGGCCAUGGCGUCCCCGGCCAUCGGGCAGCGCCCGUACCCGCUACUCUUGGACCCCGAGCCACCGCGCUAUCUACAGAGCCUGAGCGGCUCCGAGCCGCCGCCGCCACCCCCCGACCGGUCCUCGCGCCUCUGUGUCCCGGCGCCCCUCUCCACUGCGCCCGGGGCGCGCGAGGGGCGCAGCGCCCGGAGGGCUGCCCGGGGGAACCUGGAGCCCCCGCCCCGGGCCUCCCGACCCGCUCGCCCGCUCCGGCCUGGUCUGCAGCAGAGACUGCGGCGGCGGCGGCCUGGAGCGCCCCGACCCCGCGACGUGCGGAGCAUCUUCGAGCAGCCGCAGGAUCCCAGAGUCCCAGCGGAGCGAGGCGAGGGGCACUGCUUCGCCGAGUUGGUGCUGCCGGGCGGCCCCGGCUGGUGUGACCUGUGCGGACGAGAGGUGCUGCGGCAGGCGCUGCGCUGCGCUAACUGUAAAUUCACCUGUCACCCAGAAUGCCGCAGCCUGAUCCAGUUGGACUGCAGUCAGCAGGAGGGUUUAUCCCGGGACAGACUCUCUCCAGAAAGCACCCUCACCCUGACCUUCAGCCAGAAUGUCUGUAAACCUGUGGAGGAGACACAGCGCCCACCCACACUGCAGGAGAUCAAGCAGAAGAUCGACAGCUACAACACGCGAGAGAAGAACUGCCUGGGCAUGAAACUGAGUGAAGAUGGCACCUACACGGGUUUCAUCAAAGUGCAUCUGAAACUCCGGCGGCCUGUGACGGUGCCUGCUGGGAUCCGGCCCCAGUCCAUCUAUGAUGCCAUCAAGGAGGUGAACCUGGCAGCUACCACGGACAAGCGGACAUCCUUCUACCUGCCCCUAGAUGCCAUCAAGCAGCUGCACAUCAGCAGCACCACCACCGUCAGUGAGGUCAUCCAGGGGCUGCUCAGGAAGUUCAUGGUUGUGGACAAUCCCCAGAAGUUUGCACUUUUUAAGCGGAUACACAAGGACGGACAAGUGCUCUUCCAGAAACUCUCCAUUGCUGACCGCCCCCUCUACCUGCGCCUACUUGCUGGGCCUGACACGGAGGUCCUCAGCUUUGUGCUAAAGGAGAAUGAAACUGGAGAGGUGGAGUGCAGGAGAGUCAACGAGACUGAUUGCAGGCGGAGAUGCUUAUGUGUGGGAAAGAGGAGGGCCUUCUGGAGCUAGGGGUGAUUUGACACCAGGACAGGCUACUGAGGGAGUUCAUGGAUCCUCUGAAGACCUAUUAAAGACCCCUUCCAUGACCUCCACGUUAAGAAGUUGGGGCUGAAGAGGGCAGGUGUUGGAUAAGACUCUACACUGUAACAAAGCUGUCAUCUUGGAGUUACAUCACAAAUUUACCAGUUAGUGGCAGUGUCCUAAAGUUGGGGAAGAAUCACUGUCUUAUAGAAACCCAUGUCCUAAUAUGCCUGUAUACUGUUUCUGAUUUCUAUCUAGCCUAAAUUCUACUGCAAUUUAGGGUCAAUUCUUUCUUGUUGCUUUGAUUGAUGACAGAGAACAGCUGGGAUCUGUUUUCUAUGUGACUAACCCUUUAGAGAUGUGAGGAACUAUUUUGGGGCUAGGAAGUUAAUUAGGCAGUAGGGUAUUUGGUAGAAGGUCUUUAAAAAGAGGAAGGCCCCACCUGUCCGAACUCUGAAUGGGCUGGCCUGCCUGGAAAGCAGGGAAGGAAUGAAACCAUUGAAACCAUGUGGGCAGAAUGGCAGCCACCGUGGCCUCUUCUGUCCAUUUAGAAUACUUCCAACUUCAAAAAUUAGUACAUUUUAGCUAAGUGGAGGAAACAAGAGGGAAGUCAGAUUUAGAUUAGAAUAAAAAUUUAUUUUUGUAAAGAAUUAUAUUUUGUAUUUGCAAAAGCUGAAAAUGCUCAUAAAAAUUACCAGCCCAGAGCUUGGAUUUCCACCGGAUCCACCACGUGAGACAAAAGAGUCUGUCACUUCUUCUUGCCAGGUUUGGGGGCCUUUUCUAGACCUUGGAUGUGUUUUCGAGGGAGCUGAUAGUCUUCUACAAUCCAAAAAGCACACACUCCUCAGCGGAGCAUGACCUUGCUCCCUGGCUGGCCCUCCACCAGUCCCCGUUGUCUCACAAUGUCAUUCCACCCAGUUCAAACUCAACUUCGGGACUGACCACUUACGCCUACACCUCACAGCUGAUGUGUAUAUUUCUGAAAUUUUCACACUGAGAGCUACUUUCUGGGUGUAUUUCAGGCAUUUAUUAUUUUUUCACAAGAGAGAUUGUGUCUGUUCAGUCUGUGCUCCUCUCUCUUCCUCAUAACAUUUCUUCUCAGUACCUCAUAUGGGGUUCCUCACAUAAAGGGGCUCAACUCUAGAAGUUAACUGUCAGGUACUGCCACAGGCCAUGGAAUACAUUUGCCUAAAUGAGCACUUACUAUCUGCCAGGCCCUGAGGAUGAAAAAGGCAAGGUUUCUGGCUCAUGCAGCUCAGUCUGGCAGGAGGUUCAGACAUUAGAAAAAAAUUAGUCAAGCUGCAGACAUUAACUGGAAAUAUAAACACAAUUGGAAAGUGCUACACUAGCAAUGUUUAAAAUGCUAAUUUAGGCUCAGGCCUCCCAGGACCCCUGGGCUGGGCCAGUGAGCCUCUGAGGUCAGGUGGGCUUGGGCAUGGGAGGGCAUCCUAGGCAAGGGGAUAGCCCAGGCGGAAGCACACGUGGGUGAACAUGCAAGGACAAUCUGGGGAACUGCAAGGAGACCAGGACAGCUGGUGCCUGCAACGUGGGUGUAGGAGCUGCCAGAGAAAGCCUGCAGGGAAGACUGGGGUAAGGCUGGGUUCAGGCUGAGAGGGUCUUAUUUAUUGAGCUUAGGAGUUAAUUCUGAAGGCAUUGAAGAGGCAUACAAAGUUUUUUUAGAAGGGAGUGAUGUGAUCAUAUUUGUUUAAGAAAGCUGACUCAGGCAGAGAUGUGAAGGCUGGUUUGAAGAGAGGACAAACGGGAGGCUGGGCUACCCAGAGUUAGUAGAAAGAACUUAGGCUUUAGGCCAGGCGUGGUGGCUCACGCCUGUAAUCCUAGCAUUUUGGGAGGCCGAGGCAGGCGGAUCACCUGAGGUCAGGAGUUCAAGACUGGCCUGGUCAACAUAGUGAACCCCAUAUCUACUAAAAAUGCAAAAAUUAGUUAGCCAUGGUGGCACGUGCCUAUAAUCCCAGCUACUUGGGAGGCUGAGGCAGGGGAAUCACUGGAACCUGGAAGGUGGAGGCUGCAGUGAGUGCAGUGAGCCAAGACUGCGCCACUGCACUCCAGCCUGGGUGACAGAGCGAGAUUCCGUUUCAAAAAAAAAAAAGAACUUAGGAUCUGGCCUCUAAAAAAGUUCCGGGCCCAGCUGUAUCACUCAAGAGUCAGAGGAUCUCAGGGCAAGGCACAGAACCUCUCUGGGCCUCAGUUUCCUCAUGUGCAAAACAGAUAACAGCUCUGCAGCAUCAUUAUGAUUAAGAGAGAUGCCUGCAAAAACCCCAACAAUGGGCCUAGCACAAAAGUUUGGGUGCUCCCCACAUGUUUUAUAGAAAGGGACCAACCAGGAAGAAAACUACUCUAAUAGUGGAAGAGAAAACACUGAAUUUGGAAGGAGCCAAAGGAUCUGAUUCAAACACUGGUUCCCUCUUCUCUAAAUAGCUACUAAAAACUAAAUGGAGAGAGAGAGAGAGUGUGUGUGUGUGUGUGUAUAAUGCAAGUUGAGUUGGCAGGAAGGUCUUUGCUGAGCUAGACCAAUGCCUCCACUCUUCAGAGGGGAUGCUCACCAAGCAAUAGCCAGCCGAGGUGGUGGACCUGGUUUCCCUGGAUCUGCACCUGAAGGCUGUCCUUGGCCCCAGGGGCAGGAGUGACGGUGGUGCUAGCCUGGCAUCGCUGCUGAAGGAUGGCAGCCACUGAGUAUGGGUCCAGACCAUAGGCCUCCAAGUUCCGGACCACGGUCACCUGGGGGGACAGUGGGGACAGAGACUGACGGUGGUGACUGCAUUCCCUUCCCUCCAGAGGGCCUUCCGGAGCCUCAGCAGCCUUCUCAGCCCCUGUGUUCUCUGAUGGUUCACCAUUCCUAUAACCCUAGUACUUUUUAAAUCCAAAUCACUUAUUUUUGUGCUUCUAAACUGAUUCUCUCUACCCCAUCCAAUAUAUGUAUUACAUAUUUCGAGGGACAGAUA